GCAAGACCGGAGCUCAACAGUUCCCAUCAACCCGAAAUCCUCUGGUCGCAACCACAACAAUUCCACGGUUACCACCCCCACCAACACACCAAAAACCCCUUCACAAUGGCGACCUUCUUCUCAGCACUCAAUGCGAAGAUUCGCUCCAACCCCAUGGCAAACUAUGUUUGUUCCACACGUAAGCGCGCAAUUCCCAACCGAGCUAGCGGAUCUCGGGAAUCAAAGGAAUUGGAGAGGAUGGAGGAAGCUUGGAAGAGAACCAAUUGAGGAAAGAACGUUGGCUAAUGAUACUGUGGGAUGGCAGAUUUCUGGGGUCCAGUCUCGAAUUUCGGGAUCCCGAUUGCAGCUGUUAUGGAUACGCAGAAGAGUCCUGAGUUGUAAGUGCGGGCGGUUCUUUAUUGUUUUAAGUUGGCAGAUGGGGGUUCUUGAGUCUGGAUUGCUUUUAUCAUGUCUUUCUUCUCAUCUGAUACCACUGCAAUUCUCUGCAUCUAUUUCAAAUUACCCAAGCUAAUGUUCCUACUCCCCAGAAUCUCCGGCCAAAUGACUGGAGCUCUGAUCAUCUACUCGGGUACCUUCAUGCGGUACGCCCUCGCCGUGUCUCCCAAGAACUACCUCCUCUUCGCCUGCCAUUUCAUCAACGAGGGCUCGCAACUCACGCAGGGAUACCGAUGGAUGAACUACCAUAAAUGGGGCGGCAAAGAGGAGGCGGAGAGGUUAAAGGAGCAGAGCAAGAGCGUUGCGGGGAAGAUUGAGGGUGGGAUUAAGGAGGGGGUGGAGAAGGCGAAGGCUGCUGCUGGGAAAUAAAUAUGAUACACUCUAGCGGGGAGAAUUGAAGGAGAUAUGAUGCCUGUGUAGAGUGCUUUGGACGGUUUGCAUGAUAUUUGCUUGCUUUCGGAGUGCCGUCUUGAACUUGAGGACGUGGGGUGGGCGAUGGCCUGUGUAUAUCAUAUGGGGGAUCUCUGAGGUAUGGGAUUGUGAGUGAGAGCAAUAAGAUAUUGCUUUUCCAUGCUUGUAUUUGACAAGGAAUAUCUCGCCAUGGAGUGUCAAUGGUUGAUGAAUUGAUCCUUCGUCUUUCCUGCUAGCAAGUCUUUUUUUCUGGAUUUGUUUUCACACCUCUACUAGGCCAUGUGAUAGAACUUCCCAUGAAUUGAGAGCAGUAGCAUAUUCGCAAGUA